AAGUAGUGACUGUAGUACUGACUGUAGUAGUGACUGAAGUACUGACUGUAGUAGUGACUGAAGUACUGACUGAAGUCCUCAGAUGGAUACAGCAGCGCCCUCCUCUGGUCUCUCUUUGGUGUCAGUGUUGUCCCUGUUAGCAUGUAGCUUCCAAGUGAUAGCCGCCGCCCUGCUAACACACAGGUACGGUGGGCGGAGCUCUGUGACGAACAGAUGGAUCCUGCUGUGGCUCUUCUAUGAUGUCAUUGUCCACCUGACUCUGGAAGGACCAUUUGUUUACAUGUCUCUUGUUGGGACGGUGCAGACAUCUAAAGGUUUUCUUGCUGAACUUUGGAAAGAGUAUGGUAAAGCCGACAGUCGCUGGUUAUUUUCAGACUCGAACAUCGUUUCCAUAGAGAUUCUGACUGUUGUCCUUGACUCUGUCCUCGCUGUUCUGCUCAUCCACGCAGUACUCAGACAAAAGUACUACAGACAUUUCCUGCAGGUGAGCCUGUGUGUGUGUGAGCUGUAUGGAGGUUGGAUGACCUUCUGUCCUCAGUGGCUGACAGGAAGUCCUCACCUGGACACGACUCAUUGGCUCCACCUAUGGGUUUACCUGGUCUUCUUUAACGGGGUCUGGGUGCUGGUUCCGGUUCUGCUGCUGGUGCAGUCCUGGUUUAGUCUCAAGACUCUGCACAAUGAUGUCAUCACCAAAAACAAAUGAUCAGCACUUAUUGAUUAUUGAUUACUGAACAGUUUCCUGUUCUUUCAAAAUAAAAGCUUUCGUUUUAGUGGUUGUCAAGUUUAUUUGAACAUGAAGACGUGACAAGGACGAGAAGACUCUAAGACGACGAGAAGUUUCAGACAACCUACUUCCUGUGUGCAGACGUGUUCAGGGUGGGUCUUUGGUCUCACAUAUCAAGGUCUCACAUAACCCUAACCCUGUACGGGUGAGUUAUAGCGCAAUUCCUGUUUUUCGAAUUCUGAUGGCUGCCAUGGCCACGCCCCUUUGAGUCUGUGAAAGUUUUGGAUGGUUCUGGUUCAGUUCGAGUCGGUCCAGUUAUGAUACUAUCAAAGACAGACAGACGACUUUAUUGAUCCCUUUGGGAGGUUCCCUCGGGGAA